UCGGAAGCUCCGACUCGGUUCGAAAUUUUCCCGACGAAUUUCCGGGCGAGUUACAGGGUUUUAGAAGGUUUAGAAGUCACCACACAACUCCCCAAGGUCCCUAGUACAAGUUUGAAGACAAGCUAAUGUGAAAAAGCACGAGUUCGAUAAAUUAAAGUUUGCGCCGUGAGCUUCCAAGCCAUUUUCAAUCAAUUUUCAUCCACUUUUUGCAAUUUUAAAAGUUUUUCAGCGGACAGCAAAGGAGGGCGGUGACGGUGCUGGAGGUUAACCGGAGAAGAAGACUGAAUAUUCUGUUAAGUUAACGGAAUAUUCUGACGCGGUUAAGAUUCUCUUUCUGCUCUCUGAUCCAAGAAAUUGAGAGAUGGAGUUGAUUGCGUUCAUUCAAGUUUUCAACAUCAUCGUCAUCGCCAUCGCCAUCGCCAUCGCCAUCGGAACUCUGUUCUACAUGUGCUGCAGGUUUUUGACAUUUUCUUCUUCUUCCUCUUCUGCUGUUGAUUCUGCUGUAGCUGAUUGUGCUGCUGUUGCUGAUGACGAGGAUGCUGAUAUCCCCCCACGUCGACAAAAGUAUGAUGUGUUUAUCAGUUUCAGAGGUGACGACACCCGCAUCGGUUUUACCAGCCAUCUUCAUGCUGCCCUACUUCAGAAGAAAAUUGAAACCUACAUCGAUAACAGACUUCAGAGAGGAGAAGAAAUCGGACCUGCCCUUCUAGAAGCAAUCGAGAAAUCCACCAUUUCGGUGAUCAUUUUCUCACAAAACUAUGCUUCUUCCACAUGGUGUUUGGAUGAGCUUGUGCAUAUACUCAAAUGCAACAACAGAGAAGGCCGGAUGGUUAUACCCGUAUUCUAUGACAUCAAUCCAUCUGAUUUACGAAAACAACACGGCAGUUAUGCAGAUGCAUUUGCUCAACUUGAAAAACGUUUUGAUAACAGUAUCACCAAGGUGCGCGAGUGGAGGGAUGCUUUGACGACUGCAGCCAGUCUAUCUGGGUUUGAUCAUUCAAACAAAUCCGGGACGGAGGCAGAUCUAAUUCAGAAAGUUGUCAAUCAUAUUUGGACCCAAUUGUGUCGUGAAUCAUCCUACGAUUUAAAGGGCUUUGUUGGAAUUGAAGGCCACAUUAAGAAGAUCGAAUCGCUAUUAAGCAUUCAUUCACCGGAUGGUUGCAUCACUGUAGGUAUUUGGGGCAUGGGUGGUAUUGGCAAGACCACCCUUGCUGAAAUUGUGUUUCACAGACUCUCUUCUAAAUUCGAUGCCUCCUGUUUUUUUGGAAAUGUUAGGGAGAGAGAACAAAAAGAUGGGCUAGAAGAGUUGCAAAAAACACUUGUUAAGGAGAUAUUAAAGGAAGAAAGUUCAUCCAUAGGAUCAACUUAUGUUCGAGAAAGGCUCAGUCGCACAAAGGUCCUCAUUGUUCUUGAUGAUGUGAGUGAUUCAAUGCAAUUGGAAUGUUUAGCUGGCGAUCAUCUUCUGUAUGGCACUGGAAGUAGAAUCAUUAUCACAAGUAGAGAUAGAGGUACACUUGGGCAAACUGUUGAAGAGGGUAAUAUCUACGAGGUUGAGGUAUUAAAACCAGAUGACGCUCUUCAGCUCUUCUGUUCGCGUGCUUUCAAGAAUAACAGUACUCGUAGAACAGAUUAUAAGGAGUCGGCAGAAAAUGUUGUGCAAUAUGCCAGAGGCGUUCCUCUAGCUCUUACAGUUCUGGGGUCAUUGUUCUUCAAUUGCAAGAGCAAAGAAGACUGGGAAGAUGAGUUCAACAAACUGAAACGAUAUCCCAGUGAAAAUAUCCAGAAAGUGUUGAGAAUAAGUUAUGAUAGAUUGGAAAUGAAUGAGAAGGAGAUAUUUCUGGAUAUAGCAUGUUUUUUUAAAGGGUGGUCUAUGGAUAGGGUAAAACGGACGUUAGAUGUUCGUGGAUUUUUUGCGACAGCCGGAAUUAGAAUUCUCAUUGAUAUGUCUCUCAUAUCAAUUGAUUCAAAAUGGGAAAAGGAAACCAUAGAGAUGCACGAUUUGAUGCAAGAAAUGGGAAGGACAAUUGUUCAGGAACAAUGUAUUAAAGAUCCUUGUAAACGGAAUAGGUUGUUCAAUAAUGAGGAUGCCUAUCGUGUAUUGAAGAGUAACAUGGAAACUCCAAAUGUUGAAGCCAUAUCCCUUAAUUGGUAUUACAUUGCAGUGCGACCAUUGAAACGUGCAGACUUCAAAGUGAUGUCUAACCUAAGAUUGCUGAUUGUCUGUGGUGGCUCCACAUUGAACGCUUCUCUAGACCUUCCUGAUUCUCUUUGUUAUCUUGAAUGGUGGGUAUAUCCACUGGAAUCUUUGCCGUCAAAUUUUUGUCCGGAAAAUCUAGUUGAGCUUCAUAUGCCAUUUGGCAAAGCUACUAAGGAGCUUUGGAAAGAAGAGCAGAUACUUGUCAACUUACAAGUUAUCAAUCUGUCGUGCUGUACAAAUCUAACUGAAGUUCCAAAUCUCUCUGGGAGUCUAAAAAUUGUGAACAUAAAUCUCAAUUGUUGUUUUAGUUUGGUUGAAAUUCCUUCGUAUUUUCAACAUCUUGACAAGCUUACUCAUCUUGAUCUGGGAUACUGCAUGAGUCUCAAGUAUCUUCCAGAGAUGCCAGGAAGUAUUCAAUACUUAGAUUUACAAGGCACUGUUAUAAAGGAGUUGCCUGAAUGAGUUUGGUCUAACGAAAAUAUUUCUUACUUGAAUAUAAGUGCUUGCAGAGACCUUGAGAAACUUCCAAGCAACAGUUGUAAGCUGAAAGCCUCUGAUAGUUUUAAUCUAGAUGGCUGCACAUCUCUAGGCGAGUUUUCUGAGCUUCCCCGGGAUAUAACUAAAUUAUCAUUGGUUGGUUGCGGGAGACUCGUGAGUCUACCGAACGACAUUUGUAAGUUGAAAUAUCUCGAGGAACUUGAUCUCUCUAGGUGCUCUAAACUUGAAAACUUCCCAGAGAUCUUGGAGCCAAUGGAACAUUUGAAGUUCUUAUAUUUAAGAGGAAUAGCGGUUAAAGAGCUACCAUCAUCAAUCGAGUUUCUCCCUGGUCUCAAAAUAAUUCAACUAAAAGGUUGCUAUAGGCUGUCAAGUAUCCCAAAGAGCAUUUGUAAGUUGAAAUGUCUUGAGGAACUCAACAUAUCUAGGUGUGGUAUACGAAACUUCCCAGAGAUCUUGGAGCCAAUGGAAAAUUUGAAGUCCUUAAUUAUAAGCAGAACAUCGGUUGAGCAGCUAUACACAUCAUCAAUUGAAUUUCUCCCCGCUCUCGAAAAUAUUGAGCUAGACGGUUGCAAUAUGUUUUCAUGUAUCUCAAAAAGCAUGUUGAAAUAUGUUAAAAGACCUAAUGAGUAUGAAACAAGUGAAAGUGAUUCGGACUUGUAAUCCAACAAUCUUAAGCAUCGUUAUCCAAUAGAAUUAGGAAAGACUUUACGGCAAAUUUUGUACUUUGAGAGCUCACUUGUCUGUCCAAGAAAUAAGAUGACAAAUAGGCAAGGCUUUUAGUAUUUUAGUAUUGUUUAUACUUUAUACAUUAUAAAGCGCAAGUUAUAGACAAGUGUGUAAUAUCCUAUUUGUUAUCUUUUAAAAUUUGAUUUACAAGUCCA